GUUAAAGGGCAAUAAAUUCAUUCAUGCUCAGCGUGACUCAUAUGAGGCGGUGGUGGUGGCGAGAAGACUGCUCUCCAAAAUGCACGGGCGACUCAAAGUGAAGACUACAGCCGAGCAGCAAGAAGCAAAGAGGAAGGAAAGAGAGAAGAAGCUUAAACUAUACACUGGGGCAACACAGAGGGUGUUUCAAAAGAGGAAGGACGGAGAGUUUGAUGAUGAAGCCCUGGAGCUUACCAGCCAACUGCUCUCAGCCAACCCGGACUUCUACUCUCUCUGGAAUUACCGCCGGGAAAUAUUCCUGAAUCUCGCUGAAAGCAGGGAAUCACAGGAGAUGCAGGACCGAUACAGCAAGGAGCUGGUGUUCCUGGAGUCCUGCUUGAUGGUCAACCCCAAGUCUUACGGGUCGUGGCACCACCGGGGCUGGGUCCUGGACCACAUGCCGGAACCAGACUGGAAACGGGAGGUGGCGCUGUGCAAUCAAUACCUGGAGUACGACGAGCGGAACUUUCAUUGCUGGGACUACCGUCGCUUCGUGGUGUCCAGGGCCAAGGUCCAGCCGGCCGAGGAGCUCAAGUUCAGCGACGCCAAGAUCACCAGCAACUUCUCCAACUACUCCUCCUGGCACUACCGCAGCAAGCUGCUGCCCUUGCUGCAUCCGGACCCGGAGAGCAAGGGGCGGGUUAAGGAGGACAUCCUGCUGCAAGAAUACGAACUCGUACAGAACGCUUUCUUCACAGAUCCCAACGACCAGAGUGCCUGGUUCUACCACAGAUGGCUGCUUGGGAGAGCCGACAAACCCCAGAGCAUAAGUCUCUUGUAUGCUGGCCGAGACCCUUGCCGGAUUGUGGCCAUUUUUGCUCAGCCUAUCAAACUCGGCAAGGACCACACAACAGCAUCUGUGACAGUGAAUGGUAACAGCAUCUCCGGAAUGUGGAGAAACUCACGAGGAUUACAAAAGCAUGCCUUGGUUUGGAUAUUUGAGAUGAACGCCGAUGUAUUUGCUUCCAAAGACUCCCAUGAAGUUUGUCUUUCAACAGAAGAACCGCGUGUGUCCAGACAAUGUACCCUUCCAGCAGGUAAAUAAGAAAUGCCAGUAUCUGCUUUCACCAGAGACUAAAGCACAAAUCCCUUCAGAUUAAUUUUGCAAGCUUGGGUUGGCCAAUGCCGUCAUGUGUGGAUGGCCUUGAUCUCAAGUUUUAAUGCUUAACUCCGGGAUUCUUUUGACCGCUACUGCUGGGCUGCGGUAUGCCCAGUAUGCAA